AUGAUCUUUGCUGAGCCCAGUACCAUUUAUCUCAUAUAAAAUGCAUAAAGUUUAGUCCACAAGGAUAGCAGAUGCAGGAGAGCUUCCAGCACCUGAAUCAGGGGCGGACUGACAACUCAUGGGGCCCCCGGGCAAUAGGGGAUCAUGGGGCCCCUGUGUCCUUGCCCAAACUAAAAAAAGCCUAUGAAAAAGGUACCAAGGGCAUCUCAUGGGGCCCCUUACUGACCCCAGGCCCUCGAGCAGUGUCCGAGUUUCCAAAUGGUCAGUCCGCCCCUGGU